GCGAUAGUGGAGUUUGACUACAAAGCUCAACACGAUGAUGAGCUGACGAUCACUGUAGGUGACAUAAUCACCAAUAUCAAGAAAGACGAUGGAGGCUGGUGGGAAGGACAGCUCAAAGGCAGAAGAGGUUUGUUCCCUGACAACUUUGUAAGAGAAAUAAAGAAGGACAUGAAGAAAGAAAAUACUGCCAACAAACCACCAGAGAAGCCUGUAAAUGAAGUUUCCAAUGGAAGCCCUUUACUGUUGUCUGAGACAAUUAUUAGAACCAACAAAAAAGGAGAGAGAAGCAGGCGAAGAAGAUGUCAGGUGGCUUUCAGUUAUAUGCCUCAGAAUGAAGAUGAACUGGAAUUAAAAGUUGGUGACAUCAUUGAAGUUGUGGGAGAGGUGGAGGAGGGCUGGUGGGAAGGUAUACUUAACGGAAAGACGGGCAUGUUUCCUUCCAACUUCAUAAAGGAACUGUCUGAUUCUGAUGAUGCUGGACUAGCACUGGAAGAGCAAAUAAAGCCAAGAAAAUCUGCCUUUGAAGGGACAUUUCUGUACAGAGUGGCACCGGCAAAGAUUGACAGCUACAGACGCUAUAACAGCCUAAAAGAUGCUACAGGCUCCGAGAGUGACGGAGGUGACUCUUGCAGCACAAAAUCUGAAGGAGCCAAUGGAGGCACAACAAUCCAACCCAAAAAGGUCAAGGGUGUUGGCUUUGGAGAUAUCUUCAAGGACAAACCUAUAAAGCUACGACCAAGGUCAAUAGAAGUUGACAAUGACUUUCUCCCGGUAGAUAAGAGUGUUGGGAAGAAAUUACCUCCAGCCACAGCAACUCAGGAGCCAACAAAAAUAGAAGUGGACAGCAGAACAAAAACCAAGGAGUAUUGCAAAGUGAUAUUUCCAUACGAAGCGCAGAACGAUGAUGAACUCACAAUCCGGGAAGGCGACGUCGUCACACUUAUCAGUAAGGACUGCAUUGAUGUCGGUUGGUGGGAAGGAGAGCUCAAUGGCAGACGGGGAGUGUUUCCAGAUAAUUUUGUCAAGCUUCUUCCCUCUGAUUUUGAAAAAGAGAGACCUAAGAAACCACCACCUCCAUCGGCACCUGUCAUCAAACAAGGAUCAGGCAUCGUCGAUCGGAAGCAUGAAAUCAAAAAGGUACCUCCUGAAAGGCCAGAAUGCCUUCCUAAUCGAACGGAAGAAAAAGAAAGAUCAGAGAGAGAGCAAAAACAGUUAGACUUGCAGAAGCCUUCAGUUCCCGCUAUACCUCCGAAGAAACCUCGGCCACCCAAAGCAAACUCUGCGAAUAGACCUGGUACCUUGCCCCCUAGACGACCAGAAAGACCAGUUGUGCCUGUGACUCACACAAGGAGUGACAGUCCGAAAGUGGAGUUAGUGGGCAGUGCAGUGUCCGGCACUCUAGAGAAAGACUCCUCUGAAAGAAGCAACGACAUUGACUUGGAAGGUUUUGACUCUGUAAUACCAAUUGCUGAGAAGCUUAAUCAUCCAACUACAACCAGACCAAAAGCUACUGGCAGGAGACCACCCUCCCAGUCUCUCACAUCUUCCUCCCUUUCAAGCCCGGAUUUCUUUGACUCACCAAGUCCUGAAGAAGAGAAGGAGGAACAUGUUUCCAUUACACAAAAAACUAUUGAAGUGUCAAGGAAAUCAAGAACGGUUACAAUAUCACAAGUAUGUGAAAAUAAAACUUCCUUGCCUCCAAAACCAGGAGGUUUGGCUAGUGGCAGUAAUGUACAAGCAUCACUAUCUCCUUCACCAUCACCUGGAUUUCAUUCAAUUGCUAUGGGAACAACAGGCCACAGGUCAAAUUCUCCAUCCCCGUUUGGUACUGAAGGAAAGCCAAAGACUGAGCCCUUGAGCCAAGGUCAGACUGCCCUGGAGGAGCUGAGAACACAAAUUAAGGAGCUAAGAACCAUUGUUGAAACAAUGAAAGACCAGCAAAAAAAAGAAAUUAAGCAGUUGCUGUCUGAGUUGGAUGAAGAAAAGAAGAUCCGUCUACGAUUGCAGAUGGAAGUUAAUGACAUAAAGAAGGCUCUUCAAUCAAAGUGAAUACUUGAUAGAUGAAAUGUUGCAUUAUUCAUCAUGACUGAGACUCAAAUUUAUGCCCCAGCCAAAAUAACUUUGUGCCAAAUGAUUUAAGAAUUGCCUCAACAUCCCUUUAUUUGAAGGAUUAGCACAAGAGUUUUGAUAGCACAACAAAAAUACCAACAGCGAGGAAAAAAUUUCCACACAAAGCAGUGCUGUGUGGCACUAGUUGUGACUGAAGUUGAUCUUAUUGUGCUAAAGGCUCUCUCUACUUCGAGAUCAUAGGUGAAAUGAAAACUCAGGCAGUUUAGUCCAUAGUGGUACUAUUUUGAUGAUAUUUUUCCAUAAAUAAAGUGUAUUUCAGAUUAUCUGUUUACAAGCUUUAUGAUUUUGAUUUUUGGUUUUUAAUUGUCUUUUGUCACAGAUUUUAAAAUGUUUGUACUGCAUAUAGCCAGGAGUGAAUGUUAACAUUGGGGCUGGAGGGAUUAUUUUUGCUUCAAGAUAGAACAGCCUACUUUUUGUUAUGGUUUUAAGUUCUGUUAAAUAUGCAAUUUUAUGUCCCCAAACGCCCUACAAAUAAACUUAAGUUGUGUACAAUAAUGUAUUUACACAAGAAGAAAAGAAACAAACAACAAAAAUAUCUGAUCUUUGCAAUGA